UCUGUCUUAUCCGCUCGUCUGAGCCAGUCUGUGUCUGAUCCUGAGCUAAAGCCAGGAUUCCCAGUGCGGUCACAUGGGGUCUGGAGUGAGAGGGAUCCUCUCUUCUCAGCUCUGCCAGGAUGCCUGUGUGGUUGGUUCUGAUCAGCGGGAGCCCUUCCUGCUGCUGAGGCCUCAUCUCAGGCCCACCCCACCUGCAAAGCAAAACGGGCAACCGAGAGCUGCCCCCUUCAAGUGGCAAUUCUGGCAUUUGACCACUGGGGGUCUGCAGGGCUCUGGGAAAACUGGCUGGGCAGUUGGAGUGAUUGAUAACCAGCCUGUCUAUGUGAUCUCGCUCCCCCACCCUCCCCUUUGCCCAGCUGGAGCUAAAAUAAUAAAAUGCUGAUCUCACACACUUCGCUGGCGGUAUCCCUUGCCUCAGCACUGCGCUGCUCCUACUUUCGCCCAGCCUGGAAAGGCAGCGUCCUGGACUGCCAGGGGGAAGGCUAAGUCUCUGCUCGGUUGUUGAGGAGGGGUUCCCUCCGACGCCGCUGAACCAUGACGUCCUACCGGAUGGAGCUGGAGAAGUACCGGGACAUUGACGAGGAGAAGCUCCUGAGGGAACUUUCCCCCGAGGAGCUGGACCAGCUCGACCUAGAGCUGCAGGAGAUGGAUCCCGAGAACUUGAUGCUCCCAGCUGGGCUGCGCCAGCGAGACCAGACCAAGAAGACCCCGACGGGGCCGCUGGACCGGGACGCCCUCAUGCAGCACCUGGAGAAGCAGGCGCUGGAGGUGAAGGAGCGUGAGGACCUGGUGCCAUUCACCGGCGAGAAGAGAGGGAAACCCUUUAUCCCAAAGAACCCCCAGCGGGAGAUCCCCAAGGAGGAGCAGAUCACUCUGGAACCUGAGUUGGAGGAAGCCCUGGCCAACGCCACCGAAGCAGAGAUGUGCGACAUUGCAGCCAUUCUGGGGAUGUACACCCUGAUGAGCAACAAGCAGUACUACGAAGCCCGCUGCAGCGGCAACAUCACCAGCACCGAAGGCAUCAACAGCGUGGUAAAGCCGGACAGGUACAAAGCCGUCCCAGACGAGCCGCCGAACCCCACCAACGUGGAGGAGACCCUGAAAAAAAUCCAGAGCAACGACAAGGACCUGGAGGAGGUUAACCUGAAUAAUAUCAAGGACAUUCCCAUCCCAAAGCUGAAGGAAAUCUGCGAAGCCAUGAAAACCAACACCCACGUGAAGAAGCUGAGCUUGGUGGCGACUCGGAGCAACGACCCCGUGGCCAAGGCCGUGGCGGAGAUGCUGAAGGAGAACAAGACUCUUCAGAGCCUCAACAUCGAGUCCAAUUUCAUCACCAGUGCUGGGAUGAUGGCCAUCAUCAAGGGGAUGCAGCAAAAUACCUCGCUGGUUGAGCUCAAGGUGGACAACCAGUCUCAGCGGCUGGGGGACUCGGUGGAGAUGGAGAUGGCCGCCAUGCUGGAGAAGUGCCCCUCCAUCAUCCGCUUCGGGUACCACUUCACGCAGCAGGGACCAAGGGCCAGAGCCUCCAUUGCCAUCAGCAAGAACAACGAGCUCCGUCGCAAGAAGAGGAGGACAUAAUGCCAGGUGCCGCCGCAAGCCAGCCUCCAUGCCUCGAAGCCAUGGUGCCCCGUGGCCAGGGCUCUGCCUCCAGCGCAAAGCGAAGUGGAGCUUUUUGUUCUUUUUGUAGGUUUCCUGGAGCCGGCGCUCAGCUGUCGGCCCUCCGCCCCUCUCCCGCCCCAUCUAGCACUCGGAGUCCCCAGCUCAGGUUACUCGUUCCUAGGAAGAUAAUUGAAGCAAGUAUUUUGGUUCUCACUGUAAAUAAAGAGCUCACCAUGCGGACAGA